AUGGAAGUCCAAGUCACCAGCUGGUCCAAUUUGAACCCUCGCUUCUGGGCGCCUCGUGGAUUUGGUGUUACAGACUUCGUCUUGCCGAACACUUCUAUGAAGGGUGUGUAUCUGCGACGCUGUGGCGAGCCUAUCUUUCAGCAAGGUCUUACCAACCCGCUGGAGAUAGACAUUGACAUCUCGCAGCCCGAGGGUGUUUAUCCUGGCUAUCUGGUGGAGUUCAUGUGCGCCGCUUUUGACGAGGGCCUGGGAGCCUGGUCGACAGCAGGGAUGUCCUCAAAGCAUGUCAUCACCAACGUGUCCACCGAGAUGACUUGCUUGGCGACAAAGAGCUCUGGUCUUUUCGCCGCCUUGUACCGCGUCGUCAGGGAGGAACCUCCAAAUACAACCACACCUUUACCACCGCCGCCUGAAGUUGACGAGGGUUUGACUCUAGGAGCUUUGCUUGCAAUCGUGGGAGGAGGAACUGUUCUCCUUUGUGGCUGCACGGGAGGCCUUUACGCCUGGCGCAAGAUGAGGUCCCGUGAGCCGGUGGAGCCCGAACCCGAGGAGGAGGAAGAGGAAGUCGUGGAGACGGAGUCUGAGUCGGAGAUUGCCGAGCUUCCUGAUCCGGACCCUGCACUGACGAAACUGCGCAUGGCCGCUGAAGCAGGGACUCUCACCGCGCGUGAAAUCUUGGCAAAUCACUCCGGCCCCAUGGGCAUUCGCCAGGAACUGGUGUGGGCAUUGGACAAGGGCUAUGAGAAGAAGCGGCGUGAAGCACAAGCUAAGGCCAUGCCAUCUAACCUUGGACCUUGGCACGAUUUGAAGCAGAGCGCCAUGGAGGUUGAAUGGAAAGAGUGCUUCGACCUCUACGACAAGGAUUCUGACGGCAAAAUAAAGGCCACCGAGCUGGGGGACGUGUUGAGAUCACUGGGAUUGGUUCUCACUCAGAAGGAAGUGCAAGAGCUCAAGGACGAGGUUGGCAGUGACUUGGUGUCCUGGGAGAAGUUCAAAGAACUAGCAGCGAAGAAACCGCGUCAGCCAGAGAAGCAGGCACAUGCACUUCUGCAGGCAUUCCAAGCCUUCGACCAAAGUGGUUCCGGGCAAGUGGACAUGAAAGAGCUGCGGCACAUUGUGACGAGUUUGGGUGAGAAGCUCACCGCCAAGGAAUUCGAGGAGAUCUGCAAGGCUGCUGACCUGCCUGCUGCGGGCGCACUUGAUUACAAAAAGGUGGUGGACAAGGUUACCAAGACUUGA